GGGGGGGGGAGAGAGGGUUGGGAAGGGAAAGGUGUUGCGCAUGCGCACCUGGAGGAGCCGCUGGACCGGCCAGCGGGAGGAUGCUGCGGAGGAAGCCGACCCGGCUGGAGCUGAAGCUGGACGACAUCGAGGAGUUCGAGGGGGCCCGCAAGGAGCUGGAGACGCAUAAAAAGCAGCGUGAAGAGGUGGACAUGGUGGCAACCAAUGACGGCGAAGGAGCCCUGGCAUUGAACCCCGAUCACAAGAGCUGGGAGCAGGUGAUUCACGACCGGAUCGGCUACAAACCGCAGCCUAAACCCAGCAACCGUUCGUCGCAGUUUGGGAAUUUCGAAUUCUAGAGCGAUGGGGUUGGAGCCUGGUUGUGCCGCCAUCUCCCCGCGAAGCACGCUUAAGGGAAGAUUAUGGCAAGCUGAUUUACGAUGAGGACAGAUGGAGCCAUUAAGGAUUUUAUCCUUCUGGAAGAUAAAAGACUUUUCUAUUCUCUAAAGAA